CCCGAUAGUCUGACACCGCUUCCGGUGUCGCCACCUUCUUUGUCUCCGGCCCAACAUUUCGACACCAGGGGUUGUCUAUUUUUUCCCUUUAGUUUUGAGGAUAUAUUUAUACAUAUAUCCCUAGUUUUCUGAUAUUGAAUGACAGUCGACUCUGAAAUAUUUAUGCCUAAAAGUAAAGCGCCAAAAAUGGAUGACCUGGACUACAUCCCAGUAGACCUGAGCCCAGAGGAGCGCUCUGAGCUGGAGGACAUCCGCAGGAGGAAGGGCGUCCUGCUGCAGGAGAUCCAGAGGCUCAGAGAGGAAUUAAGAGAGGCAAUUUUGGAGGUGGAGGGCCUGGAGACCAGCACGGAGGGCAGAUUUUGCAGCAAAACUCUACAGAAAAGUCGGCAUGUGGCAAUGGGAAGGAAAAAAUUCAACAUGGAUCCGAAGAAGGGCAUUGUGUUUCUGGUGGAGAAUGAGCUGCUCAGACACACUCCAGAGGACAUUGCUCAGUUCCUCUACAAAGGAGAGGGCCUCAACAAGACUGCUAUAGGAGAUUACCUAGGAGAGAGGGAUGACUUCAACAUCAAAGUUCUUCAGGCCUUUGUCGACCUCCAUGAGUUCACUGAUCUCAACCUUGUCCAGGCCCUCAGACAGUUCCUGUGGAGUUUCCGUUUGCCUGGGGAGGCCCAGAAGAUUGAUAGAAUGAUGGAGGCCUUUGCUCAGAGAUACUGCCACUGCAACCCCGGCGUCUUCCAGAGCACUGACACAUGUUACGUGCUGUCAUUUGCCAUCAUUAUGCUGAACACAAGCCUCCAUAACCCAAAUGUGAGGGAUAAACCUGGAGUGGACCGUUUCAUCUCGAUGAAUCGAGGCAUCAACGAGGGCGGAGACUUGCCUGAGGACCUGCUCAGAAAUCUCUACGAAAGUAUUAAAAAUGAGCCAUUCAAGAUCCCCGAGGACGAUGGCAACGACCUGACGCACACGUUCUUCAACCCCGACAGAGAGGGUUGGCUUCUUAAACUAGGGGGACGAGUGAAAACCUGGAAACGGCGAUGGUUUAUUCUCACAGACAACUGCCUUUAUUACUUUGAGUACACCACAGAUAAAGAACCGCGAGGUAUCAUUCCCUUGGAAAACCUUAGCAUCCGCGAGGUAGAAGACCCAAGAAAACCUAACUGCUUUGAGCUGUACAUCCCCAACAACCGUGGUCAGCUCAUCAAGGCAUGCAAGACGGAGGCUGAUGGGCGAGUAGUGGAGGGAAACCACAUGGUGUAUCGCAUCUCUGCCCCCACACCUGAAGAGAAGGAUGAAUGGAUUCACAGCAUCAAAUCUGCUGUCAGUGUUGAUCCCUUCUACGAAAUGCUUGCUGCCAGGAAGAAACGUAUAUCACUGAAGAAGAAGGAGGAACAACCGUAGAGUAUUCCCUACGCUCUCUCCCUGUCUUCCUUUGACCUCCUCAUCCCUUCCUCCAACACUGGACACAUGUUUUCAUCCCUGCUCCUCACUGCUACCUGUUCAUAAGUUUUGUUACAGUGCACCAUCAUCCAACUCCUUGCUAUCCUGUCUACCAGACUCUUGAAAGCCACAUUCAGAGUGAAGAGCUCACACACCGGGCUCCUCCUCUUCUUCUCUUGGUCCUUACACUACUGCUGUUAGACACAACCUGACACACUACAGCCAGAGCACACCAUCUGUCCUGUCUUCUCACCACAGUCGUCUAUGAAACGUGUCUUAGACCAUAUUCACACUAAUGUACACAAGUGUUUAGAUUGUUGUUAUCACAGGUAUCUGUGCAUCUUAAUUCAUUUUGAGAAUCUAUUUUUUCCCUUUGUACUUUAUUCUUCUUCACCUGUGAACCACAAACAAAAUCAGACAGUUGUUCAGCAGAAACGUGAGUGGGUCCUGACAUCCCAGGCUGACUGUCAGCCAGUGUCAGUGCCAGCAUCUGUGGCCCUAGUUGUUGCAAUGUGUCCCGCACCAUUUGCACUGUUGUCCAAAUGAGCAUAUAGAAACAGCAGUGGCUGUUAAACUAAGUGAAUCAGUGCACAAGAAGCAAAAUGGAAAAGGAAGGGGAGAGCCCCUUGGGCCUGUUGCUGUAAUAUCCAUUAUUUGACCCAUUUACACAUUUGUUUUGCCUCCACCUCUUUUUAUAUCCAAAGUCAUCUUGUAGUCAUUGCAGUGUGUUCAGGUGCAGCUUUUUGGCUGAGGGCAGAUGCCACAACAGUCAACCUUCGUCACUAGUUUAUAUUUGUUAUGCCUGAGCCCUAAAGCUGCUAGCUUAAUAUUUCUCUCUUGGCCUUUUAGUAUGCACAGAAGACUCUAGAAUAUCCUCUGAAAUGUUCUAAACAGGCAUCUUUUUUAUGUCUAUCUGCAUUAGUGUGAAUAUGGUCUUAUUCAGGGUAGCAAGCAGCUUCAGUGCAUGUCUUUUUUUCAGAUCUGUUGAUGCUGCCUAAAUGAGAAAUUGCCUUUCUUGAUUGUGCUUACCCCCAGACAAAAUGUGAAUUCACUAUUCAAACACUAACAACACUUAUUUCAUUUAGUGUUGAUGAGAGAGGAUGGAUGAUUCCGUUUCAGUGGCUAAGAUGCAAACAAAGCAGCGAAUGAUUUCAGAAUACUGAGAUUGCUUCCUAUAGUACUCUUAAUGGCUUUGAUACAAGUGACUCCUGUCGACACUUAGAUACUGUUAGCAUUAUGUGGGGAAAAUGUCACUGUUCAUAACUGUUUAUACUGACACUAGGUUUAUAUCACCAAGUUACUGUUGAUCUUCAUGGUCAAGUCCUGAGGCAAAACGACAGCUUGGCUUGAAGAAUUAUUGGAGACAAACUCAAGCAGCUUCUCUUCCAGACAGCUGCUUCUUUCAGCUCACUGACUCAAUAUGUAUAUGUUGUUUAGCACGUUCUCAACAUGUUUGAGCAAUAGCAGAGAAAACCAUAGUUCCGGUCUGGAAGCUUGUUAACAAAUCCUUUAUCACACUAUACUGAGCAACGAUCAUCAUGUUCUUGCAAUGUUCUCGCAUGCCACAAAUCAUUUCCUUCACGCUCAACACUACAAGACAAACACCAACAUCUCUCUCACAAGUAAUAACUCUGUCAGACAUGUAACUGUUAGAGCCUGGUCUGUCCGCUAUAGUGAGUUUUCAAGAAAUCACAAAGGCAGCUCAUUACAAUGUAUACUUUUUGUAAAUAGAUGUUAGCAUAUUUGUUUACGAUACACAUAGAAAUGAUUUAAUUUAUUCUUUAUCUUUUGUUAAGAUCUGAUUUUUGUACGAGCUACUGUAGGACUGCAUGUUGAUAAACUGAGGCGUCAGUCGUAGGGGCUGAUGCAUCGCUGAUCAUGCUAGUGCACUGAUUUGAAAAGUGUUAGUGUUCCCUGUUGACCUUGAAAAAUUGCGUUUAAUAUCGAAGUUGAUUUAUGUUUAGAGUAAAUUGUAGUUUAUUUGGAAAAUGAGAAGAUAUUUAGGAGAUGUAUCAUAGUCUGGUUUAUCUCUUGACCACUGUUGGUUUUGGAGUAAAACAGACUGAGUUAAAGCACAAGCAGUAAUCAGUCUUACACUCUGUUAAACUAAUGUCCAGUUUUUGCUUCAUUGACUGCUUGGCGUCCACUUGAAGUGUGAGGAAUAUAAUCACAAGUUGAAAUUGAGAAUUUCCAUCCUACCACAGCGAUGAAAAUGAGGAAGACAACAAAACAUGGAACACUAACAAAGCUUUGAUUCAUUAUAUGAUAGUAAAAAUAUUCAGCUGUAAUGAAUCAGUAACAAGUUUAGAUUUGUGUCCAGUGAUAGAUUUGCUUGACAUCCAGUUCAUGAACUUAUUUCUAGUAGUUUAUUGAAUUGGCAUUUUUAGAUGGUAGUAAAAAAUAAUUGUCUACUGCACUUUAUCAAUUUUAGCAUUUUGGGGAAAAUGCUGUUACUUUGACUGACAAUACUCCACUACUCUGUAGCACCCUCUACUGGUGAUCCACACACUGCAAUAUGCUGAAGGAUGAAAUACUGCAUAACACCACCACCUGGUCAGUGACAGCUAUAGCACUAAUGAUUUCUGACCAGCAGGUACUGUUUUGAUUCAUGUGUUCACCAGGAUCGUGCUGUUUGAAGCUGAAUGAAGUCUUUUCUCUGUGAUCAGAACAUUGUAGACCUUGUUAUGUGAUUGGUCCUUCAAAUAUAAAUCUAGGAUUGCCUUUUAUUCUCCAAACCAGACAAAAACCUUAACUUUAUAUCUCCAUCUUAGUGCUUCUACACAUUACAUGGACUGUCUGUAGGCCUUCACCUGCUGGGUAUUCUUGAAGUGCAAAGUUGCCAAAAAACAAACAGUUUGAGACAACAAAUGUUUCCAUUGAACAAAAGUAUGAACACUGAAGUGAUCAGACUGAAACUGGGCCUCUGUUUCUGAUUCCUCUGACCCCAGAGCCACCUCUUUCAGAAAUUGUGUUUAUUUUGUAUUUAUUUAUUUUUAUUUACUGUGAGGUGAAGAUGGAUAGAUCAUCUGUAAAUGUAGCAAAAGGAAAACCACGAUACAUUGGUGCCAGUAAACUACUGUGUAACAAUAAAAGGUAAACAGAUAUGA